AUGCAGUGCGUGCAGCGGCAGAUCAUCCCAGCGCACGACAUGCUCCUCGCCGACGAGGGAAGGAGCGAGACGGCCUUCAACCAGACCGCCGGCGCGUACUUCGACAAGGCGCAGUCCAUUUUCAACCUCAUCUUCCUGAUCGAGCUCCUGGUGAACAUGUACGGGAGCUGGUACGAGGACUUCUUCAGGGGACCCAGCUGGAAUUGGAACCUGUUUGACUGCGUGGUCGUGGGCCUCGGCACCCUGGACCUGUGCAACGUGCCGCUGCCCGGGCCCCUCAAGAUGCUCCGCAUGCUCCGGGCCUUCCGCAUCUUCCGCCUCUUCCGCUUCGUCCCCUCUCUCCGCCAGAUGAUCGACUCGCUCAUCGGUGCCGCGGCGGGCGUGUCCUACGCCCUCGUCGUUCUGCUAAUCAUCAUGUGCAUCUUCUCCGUGCUGGCCGUGGACUUCUUCAGCGGCCUCUACGCGGACUGCAAGGAGAGCAGCGCCCGCGACCCGCCCCUGGGCCAGAGCCAGGACCCGGAGGGCGUGCGAAUCACCUCGCGGGACCUCUGCUUCGGCGCCGACUACUACGGCGAUUUCCUGUCGUCCUUGUACACGAUGUUCCAGAUCCUCACCGGCGAGUCCUGGUCUGAAGCGGCGGUCCGGCCGAUCAUCAACUACUUCUCAUCGCGG